UUUAACAUACGUUGUAUGUCCUCUGAUGUGUUUUCCAAUACUCUCAACUCUCGAAAUAAUGCCUUAUCAGCAAACAUGCGAUUUGAAUGGUUUCAUGGUGGGCAGAGAGUUUAGAUAUCGAUACAACAAAUCCCAACUUAAGAAUGAAACUAUUUAUAUCCUUUAUCCCAAUGACCCCUAUAAUCUCAGCAUAUGGAUUUAUACCGUUCUUUUGAAAUUUGUCCCUUGUCUUCUUCUUACUUUGCUCUCCUAUAAAAUCAUAUCGGCCCUAUUUGACGCAAGAAAAAGGAGAAUGAAAUUGUUAAACGCUAACAGUCCACUGGGAGAUAUGAAGAAAAAGACUAAUGCAAUACAAUUGUAUAAAGAAAAUCAGGCUGAUAGGACCACGAAGAUGCUGUUGGCAGUGCUUAUACUGUUUCUGAUUACGGAGUUUCCUCAAGCUAUCAUGGGAUUGAUUAGUGCGCUUUUGGGUGGUGCCUUUUUGGAGGAAUGCUAUGCACCUUUAGACGUUUUGUGUAGUGAUCCCGAUGAUUCACUUGACAGCGAUGAUGACACCGAUUAUGACAGUGAUGACGAAGAAUUUCAGGAAAAAAGUCCAAUUUUAGCUGGUGACGUUGGAAUAUCUAUAGCACAAGAUAUAGUACAUGCUGUUAGCCAGGGAAAGAAGUGA